AUGGACAGUUGCAACGAAGACGACUUGGAUGACUCAGACGGGCUCUUCAAACCGCGGAAAGUCCGCCGAAGUCGCACAACGUUCACAACAUUCCAGUUGCACCAGUUGGAGAGGGCCUUUGAAAAGACCCAAUACCCCGAUGUUUUCACCAGAGAAGAUUUGGCCUUGAGACUUGACCUUAGUGAGGCCAGGGUCCAGGUUUGUAUAUUUUUUUGUUGGGACUGUUUGUAA